CAUUCACAAUAAAUGUCAUCUCUUUGAGACAACAGCACAUAUCUUACGGUCUACUAAUAAGUUAGUGCAUGACAUAAAUUGUCAAAAUUUUAUGAUUUUUGCACAUCAGCAACAAUAUAUGGAGCGGAUUCCCGAUUUGACGGGUGUCAUUCCCGUUCAAGUGCUAGACGAGUUGGAUUAUCUACAGGAGAAUAAUUCUGCCAUUAUUGCUUCAUCAACAAGCUAUGCAGAUAUACUAAACGAUUUGAUGGAACUGGAUGAAAACACGUUGAAUUUGCCCAUUUCUCAACCUGAUAGCAUUGAAGAGACAGAUCUAUUGGAUGGAUGGGACUCGUUAGCCCUACCAGUUUCUUCAUUAAAUGUUGCUUCGCCAGUUUCACCGUUAAGUCUAGCCGCACAGAUUGACGCAGACUGGAAUAUUUUAGAAUACACCAACUGUGACGCAAUUGCAUCGAGUAACAUCAGUUGGAACUUUGGUGGAGAUGUAAUGCUAGCACAACAAUCAUUAGUCCCACAAGUCAAUGAAAACUGGAACGUUUUUGACUGUACCAAGACCGACUACGAUCAAGGUGGAUUACAGACCGAACAAAUGGGACAGUGCGAAUUAAUUCGUAAAGUCGGCGAAAACUUGAUUGAUUUAGAAUCUGAGAAGUGGGACCCAAAUACGUCAAUCAACAACAUGAGUCGGAACUUUGGUGGAGAUGCUAUGAAAUCAAAGAGUGAAUCGAUCCCCCAAAUUGAUAAUUCGAAGGAUUUAGGAUAUGCUGACUGUGACUUAUAUACCCCGAGCAACAGCAUUCUUCAGAACAGCGGCGUAGAUAUAGUUCGAAGACAAUCAGAUGGGUUAACCGAACCACCACAGCAGUUUAUCGUUGUUUGUAGUCGAGCAGACGAUACGCCGACGAUGCAAUAUGAUUGCGACUUGUGCACGAAAUCUUUUCGGUUGAAAUGGAACUUUGAGAAGCACACAAAAAACCACAUCGGUGAGAAAAAAUUCAUUAUUGAAACCGCUGCAGCUCUGCGGCGGCAUGUAUGUAACAUAUGCCAGAAGUCAUUUGGUAGGAAAAAGUCCCUGGACGAGCACUUAAAUGUCCACACCGGUACGAAGCCCUACGAAUGUAAGAUAUGCAAAAUGAAAUUUCACCGGAAAGGAUCAAUAAAUGAACACCUCAAAUCCCAUUAUGCAGAUGCGACGCGUUAUAAAUGCGAUGUGUGCAACCAGACAUUUUCGAGGAAAUGGAAUUUGAAAGAACAUUCCAGACUACACUCCGAUGAGAAGCCGUAUAAGUGCACAGUGUGUGAGAAGUCAUUUCGGCUGCGAAGAUGCUUAUCGGUUCAUUCGAAAAUACACUCUUGUUUUCUGCAAAAUAACAUUAUGAUUUGGACACAUAAUGAACAAUAUUCGAUUCCCGAUUUGCCGGGUGAAAUUCCCGUACAUGUGCUAGACGAGUUGCAUAGGCAUCAGGAGAAUAAUUCUGCAAUUAUUGUACCACCAUCCAGUGUAGAAGACAUACUGAACGAUUUGAUGCAACUGGAUGAAGAAAUUCUGGAUUCGUUAGCAUUACAAGUUGCUGCAGAUUUGGACGCUCUGGAUUACACCAGCUACGAAUGGAAUGCGUUGAGCAACGAGAAUGUCGAAGUUAGUUUGAAUCUGAACGAAAACGAGAGAAAGUCGGAAGAAUCACAGCAAAUUGAAUUAACCGAAUCAAUGCAACAGAUCGAAGAUCCAGCGACGGCUAACGAAAAUACUGGAAUAACAACAGAACCAAAUAAUUUGUCCGUUGAUUCAGAUCCAGAAGAAGCGAAUGUUUCUAAUCUACCAACUGAUUCAUGGGAAAUGGUAGAGCAGAUUCAUCAAGUGUACUCAAAUGAUUCAUUGGACACGUCCAGAAAAGAGAUUGCUGAAUCCUCUGCAGAUUUCAAGCCAGUGGAAAGCUCUGAUUAUGAUAGUGUCCUGAGGGGACCAAGUGCUAAAUGUAAGGAACGGACCGUUAGAUACCAGAAAACGUUCGUGCAGACUGAAGGUAAAAGAGAGCACGAGUGUAAGCUGUGUACAAAAGUAUUUCGAAGCAGAUGCGAUUUGUCCGGCCAUUUACUAAACCACAAUCGCAAAAGGAAACGUUUGGCUCACCUAACAGGACCAGAGUCCAACAAAGAUGAUACGAAGACACCGCGAAUGAAGAAGCGUCAUGAGUGCAGCGUGUGUAAGAAAACAUUUCGGUGGAGAUCUAAUUUACUGGAUCAUUUGGUAUAUCACUCUGGUGCGAGACCGUAUGAAUGCCAAAUUUGUAACAAGACAUUUCCAUGGAAAAAAUCUUUUGCAUAUCACAAGGCCCAUUGCGGUGUUAAAAAGUUCGUCUGCCGUGUGUGUAAUGAAUCUUUUAAGCUGCAACACGAGUUGCACAAUCAUUCGAAAAUUCACUCUGUUGGUGUAGAUAUUAAACCGUAUAGGUGCGAGGUGUGUAGCAAAUCGUUUUGGUGGCAGUCUCAUCUAGAUUAUCAUUUAAAAUCCCACUCUGAUGCAAAACCCUAUGAAUGUGCCUUGUGUAAGAAAUCUUACCGAUAUGCAGAUUGUUUGAAGUCACACUUACAAGUCCACUGUGUUAACGCUUCAACGCGCCAGCCACACGAAUGCGAGAUAUGCAAGAAGAAAUUUCUGUGGAAGAAAUCUUUCAUGCAGCACAUGACACUUCACUCUGAUCCGUCGUCUUACCGAUGCGAGAUAUGCAAUCAGAUAUUUAAAUUGAAAAGUUCCUUAGAUUUACACUUAAGAACACACUCUGGUCCUCUUGAAUGUGAGAUAUGCAAAAUAAGGUUUUUGAGCAGAUGUGCUUUAGAGCGACACUUGAUGGUCCACUCAGAUGUGAAACCCUAUGAAUGUGACGUAUGCAAAAAGUGUUUUAAGUACAAAUCUGUUUUGAAGCGGCACUCAGUAGUCCAUUCAGACGUGCGACCCUACGAAUGCGGGGUGUGCAAUAGGACAUUUAAGUUGAAAAUGUGUCUUCAGUCCCACGCGAAAUGCCAUUCUGAUCUGAAGCCGAUUGUGAGUUGUGCGACAAGUCAUUUUCGAGCAGAAGUUAUUCAGCGUUUCACGGAAUCAUCCACUCAGCUGAGCAAUGUUUAAUGGUUCGAUACAAUGGUCGCGGUGAGAAUUUCGGUUAUUCUUUUCAAUUAGAUGUGAGCCCCUUCGAGUGUAACGUAUGUACGAGGUCAACAUCACGAAGGGGUUCAUACUGAGGUAAAGAAAAUGCCUUUAAACAUUUCUCUCGUCGAUUAUUAAACUGAUUAGUGUGUAAUGUGCGAAAGAUUGGGCUAAACGCAGAGUUUGUUAGUUUUAGAUGUUUUUGUGAAUUUUAUUUAUUUUGUAACAUAACGGUUUUUUAUGUUUAAGUUAGAUUUAAGUCGUGUGUAUAUACGUCAGUUUUUAAAUUGUAUGAAUAAAGUC